AUGGCUCAAGUCUUCAACACCGCGGCUGGCGGCAAGCCCGUCCUCGCUGGCCCCGGCUGGAGCAGCCUCAACAUGCACCCGGCGGUGCGCAAGUGGUGGCUGGACAGCGUCGCUGCGACGCUCAACAUGGUGACGCUGCAUGUCUAUGCAGGGGACAUCUUCAGCAACCCCAACAUUGAGGACCUGUUGUCUGACAAAGUCAUGGACAUGCCCAACUUGCUUGAGCUGGUCAAGCUGGCUCAAAUGUACAAUCUGCCAGUCAGGGUAUCUGAGGCAGCCCUGCUCAGCUACGGCGGUGUACAGGGCGUGUCUGAUGUGGCGGGCAGCGCCGUGUGGGUGCUGGACAGUGCCCUUGAGGUGUGCCUCAUGGCGCGCACGGCAUCAAUUUUCACCGGGUGA